GAAGGGCUCAGAUCUGGGCUACCGCAGCCCUCCGUUCAAACUGGAUAACUCAAUCGUAAAUCGAUACCUUAGCGCGGCUGAUGACGAAUUCGUCUGGUCGGUAGACCAGGACAUCCGACAAUUUGUCCAAAAAGCGAACCAAAGAAGUGUACUUAUCUUUCCACCGGUGAAUAACUACCGACGAUUCCUGAUCCACAAGGUGUGCGAAAGCCUGACCGGCGACCAGCAGAACCAGCUGGUUACGUUCUCGAUAGGCGUCGGCAGCGAAAGGCGCACUGUCGUCUGCUACCGUCAUCAGCUGCUGCGGGACGUUAAGGCGACCUCGAGCAAAAGUUUUGAAGAUUCGACCGAUAACGCCCACCUGAGUUGGCGAAGUACAACCGUUGGACCGACGAUUGUAACGACCCUGACGACCUCCAGUGCUACCGGUAAUAAUGGUGGCACUCUAGUUACGGGCAGCACUGCUAGCUGCAGCAGUAGUGUUCCAGUGAGCAAUAACUGUUCUAGUACGAGUUCUAGUGCCGGUGUUAGUGGUGUAAGCAAUUGUUCUAGUGCUGCUGGCGGCACAAACGGCAAAACAAAACGAGCGAAACGUGAUUCUGCAGCAGCCAAUGCCGCCGUUGUUGCUGCUGGCAGUGAUACCAAGAUGGGAGUUGUGGAAACGGCAACUUUUGUGACUAACCAUUCAGCAGAGCAGCAGAGUAACCAUUUGCUGUCGAAAAACGUAGAACACGGACCUCUGAAAGUUGCCCCACUAGCGUCGUCACCGCCUUCAAGUACAGGUGGAAAAUUUUCCACCGUCGGAAUUUAUCGACCACCGGCUGUCAGGAAAACACUAAAGCUAUCGGAGAGUGCAAUUCAGCUUGCACCACCGGCUGCCUGUCAAAACCCCAGUGAUUACAGCUGCUAUCAACAGUAUGUGACAUUUCCUUCGGCAGUAUCGCAAUCGCCCGCUGUUGAUCCAGCGUUAGUUGGAAGCGAACUCAAGUCAGCCAGUGACGCUAACCAUAGUGGCAGAAAUAGAUGUUCGGCGGAAAAGGAGCAAUACUGUCCGUGCGCAAACACUCCAAAUAGUGCUUUACUGAAAGAGGUUAUUACUCGGGGCACCAAACAAACGUCUGAUGCAACGGAACCACUAGCCGAUAGUAACAAUAAUAAUAAACAUAACAAUAGUAGUAGCAGUGAUAGUAAAACCGAGUCGGCUCCACAGCAGCAGCAGCUGCAGCAAGCCGAUAGCCCCGUUUCGGCCACUAGUCAGGGAAGCCAGUCCACGCCAGGCAGCACUAGAACCGCCCGAUCGCACCGUGAACGACGUCCGGACCGUGCUGUCUACAUUCCAAGGGCCCGCCGAAGUCUAACCACUCCUCCGGUUACCGUAGUGCAAGGACAGCAAACCUGUGCUUCCAGUAACGGCGCAUUUUGUUCCACUACAGCAGAAGUUCACUCCAACGGGCCACCUUCAGGACCAACCGCAACCGGUCCCUCAUCGGGUCCUCCAGUUACCAGUAGUUCCUUAUCUAAAGUGGCCGUCAGUAGCAAAAAGGAGCGCAGUAGUAACCACAGCGACAGGGACUCGAAAUCCAAAGCUAAAGAUAAACCACCUGCGGGCGGUUGCAACUCUGUGAUAGGUAAUCAUUUGCCGAAUGAUUCCCAAAGCAACAGCGAAUAUUCUAGUUUGGUAAACUUUAAAAGCCGUAGUCAUAGCGUAGAGGAAAGUUGUCCUACGGGUGGCACAACCCAGCAGGCAAUAACAUUGAAAAAACAAAAUUCAGAAGAAAAUCCACGAGAGAACGCAAUUACCACCCAAGACUGUGAUUUGGUGACGAAGCCUCACAGUAAAAAGGAGUCCAGAAAAGACCGAUCUAACAGCAGUAGCAUUUUAACUGAGCUGAACGGAGGUACAAACUCGAAAUCUGUGGACAGCAUGAACAAAUCCAACAAGCAACGCCCUGCCAAACAGCCGUCAGCGACUGCGACUAGCGCACCGCUGAUCAUAGGGGGGACCGCGGAAAAUUCAGCAAGCACAACAGAGAAGCUGGAUAAGGAUGAAAAAGAAUUAAGGCGAGCUUCUCAGGAAAUAAACCGAAGCAAUCGGAGAAUCAUCAAGCAGACAUUCGCUUCCGAUGUACUGGAGAUUGCCGAACAGGAACAAACGAAAUCCACCACCGUGCAGAACAGUAAUGGCACGAUCAAACCAGACGGCGGCCCCGUAAGAGAGCUUAACCCGGAGGAAGACGACUGGGAGUCAAUUUACGAUGACAACGGAGACUGUCUGAAUCCAAAACUGAUGGAGGAACUAACCUCUGCAGUGGGGAAAGUUUCCAUCGAGGUUCCUCGGACGGACUAUAAAUUGUAUCAAUCGAAACAGGCUGCCCUGAACGAGGAAGAAUUUCCACAUGUACUGGAGGUGUCAAAUUUUCCAGUGGAAUUCAAAACACAGGAUCUCAUGAUGCUUUUUUCGCAGUACAAAGAAUCUGGUUUCGAUAUCAAGUGGGUAGACGAUACCCACGCUCUGGCUGUGUUUAGUAGUUCCAAAAUCGCUGCCGAAGUGCUUGCCAAUGGUCACACGUUUGUGAAACUGAAACCGUUGGCCGAAGCAACGGUAGAAUCUCGCUCCAAGGCUCGCAAGUGUUCCAGUUCGCUACAACCAUACAGACCACGACCAGAGACGUGUGCGGCCUUGGCUAGACGGCUGGUAACCACGGCGCUGGGUGUUCGGCUGAAAACUGCCCCGGAGGAACGCGAAAACGAACGGCGUGUUCUGCGUGAAGCUAAGGAAAGAAAACUUCUCGCUGCUAAACAGCGUGAUGAAAUCUGGGAAAGCUAAGCCCAUAUCAACAAUGUUGUUUGCAGUCAACGGCCAUAGUCUUGUGAAUGUUAUGUAUCUGGAUUUUUUGACCAUUUAAAGUUCGACAAAGUUUGGAAAUCAAGCUUGGGAAUCAAGCUAUCAUGAUCCAGAUAUACAACCAUAAUUAAGAACUAGAGUUUAACGGAAUUCUAACCUAUAAUUGUACAUUAGAAUGUGGUAAUUGUUGUAAUAGUGCGGUUAAGAUGAAUGAUUAUUUACAUUUUUUAUCAUAUGUAAUUCCGACUACAUAUAACUACUACAUGAACGAUUGUUUUAUUACAAAAUGA